ACAUAGAAAGCAGAGCGAGAACACAACUAUACAAGCGGGCCAAAGUAAUAAAAAUAAAAAUAAAAAAGCAAAAGUUUGAUUGAUGAGAGAAAAAAAAAAAGGAAAAGAAUAAGUAAAAUAAAAAAUAAUGUGACAAACGUUAAAUAUUAUUUUUAAUUUAUAAUAGCGGACGCGAAGAGAAAAUUGCAUUUUGAUUUAAUAUCGCCGUUGAGAUACGGAUACCAAUCUCUCUAUCUCUCUCUCAAGGCUCUCUUUUGUCCCUUAUCGGCUUCGUGUUCUUAUUUUCUUUUCUCUCCCGCAGAUUUUCUUUCUUUUUCCUGCAAACCAAGCAACACCGAGAAAAUUUUUUUUGUUUUUCUUUCAAAGGAGAAUUCGACUUCAUACGAACACAAAAUCAUAGGAGAAUCGAGUAAAUCUCUAUGCACAAUUGAAUAAAUUUCUUUGUUCAGCAGCGGUUAAUAUUCGCGGAUCUGGUGUUCUGCUAACAAUCCAUCAGUUUUAAGCUUUUUUCAAGGUUCUCUGUGAACGCUGUCGUUUUGAGCUUGGAUUUUUAGCCAUUUUUAGGUCUUGGAACCGCUGAGAAUCAUCGAAAGCCCUAGGUUUCGAGACUGUGGAUUGGUUAUACGUGGUUUGGUCUGCGGGCGGCGCGAAGUGAGGUUUAUUUUAUUCGGUUAGGGUUUUGGAGUUGUUGUGGCAGUGGUGUGUAAGGAGUUUUUGGCUUUUUGUCUUGUUUCGUAGUUUUGUUUUUGGUGAUGCGAGAUAGGUGGUGGUGGUGGUGGAUAAAUAGAUAGAGGAGAUUAGGGUUAGGGUUUUGUAUUGAUGCCGCCAGAGAGAUUGCCGUGGGAUCGGAAAGAUUUAUACAAGGAUAGGAAGUACGAUAGGUCUACUCCUCGAUGGAGGGAUACGCCGUCGUUUUCUUCAGGUCAUUAUGGAUCUUCUCGCGAUUUUUCUCGCUGGGGUGGAGGAUCCAACGACUUUCGCAGGCCUUCUGGUCAUGGUAAGCAGGGUGGCUGGCACUUGUUUCCUGAAGAAUCUGGCCAUGGUGGGUAUUUGCCUUUCCGUUCCAGUGAGAGGAUUCUGGAAGACAAGAACUGUAGGCCAUCAGUUUCGCGAGGAGAUGGUAAAUAUGGCAGGAACAAUAGGGAAAGUAGGGGAUCUUUUGGUAGUCAGAGGGAUUGGAAAAAUCAUUCAUCAUGGGAAGUGAGCAAUGAGUCUCCAAAUACGCCUGGGAGGCUGCAUGAUGUGGUUAAUGAUCAGAGAUCAAUUGAAGAUAUCAUAACUUACCCCUCCUCUCUUCCGCGUCCUGAAUUUGCAAAUACUUGGGACCAGCUUCCUUUGAAGGACCAACAUAAUAAUAAUAUUAAUAAUAUUAUUAAUAGUAAUAAUAAGAUGGCUGGUGCCAAUGGGUUGGGCACAGGCCAAAGAGGUGAUAGGGAGGAUUCGAUGGAUUGGAAACCUUUUAAGUGGACCCGCUCUGGAAGUUUAUCUUCUAGGGGAUCUGGUUUCAGCCAUUCAAGUAGCUCUAAGAGCCUUGGGGGUGCAGAUUCUGGUGAAGGGAAGGCUGAGUUGCAGAUUAAAAGUGCAUCUCUUGUGCAGUCCCCCUCCGGGGAUGCUAUUGCAUGUGUUACUUCUGCACCAUCUGAAGAUAUGACUGCUAGGAAAAAGCCACGCCUUAAUUGGGGUGAGGGAUUGGCCAAGUAUGAGAAGAAGAAGGUUGAAGGCCCUGAGGUGAUUGGAAACAAAGAUGGAAUUGUUAAUUCUUCUAGUAAUGCAGAACCCAUUCAUUCUCAAAGUUCAAAUUUGGUUGAUAAGAGCCCCAGAGUCAUGGGAUUAUCAGAUUGUGCAUCGCCUGCGACUCCUUCCUCUGUUGCAUGUUCUUCACCGGGUAUAGAGGAGAAAACAUGUGGCAAGGGAAUAAAUGCUGAAAAUGAUGUUAACAACUUAUGUGGCUCACCCAGUAUGGGGUCUCAAAGCCAUAUUGAAGAUAUCUCUUUUAACUUAGAGGUGUUGGAUGCCACUUCAAUAGCUAAUUUGGGCUCUACGCUUGUUGAACUGCUCCAGUAUGAUGAUUCUAGUUCACUGGACUCAAGUUUUGUGAGGUCUACUUUAAUGAAUAAAUUGCUUAUACUGAAGGGUGACAUUUCAAAAGCUCUGGAGGUAACUGAAUCUGAAAUAGACUCACUUGAAACUGAACUUAAGUCUCUGAAAUUCAAAUCUGGAAGCAGAUGUACUUGCCCCGCAGCAUCCAGUUCUUUCCCAGUGGAGGGUGGUGCAAAACUUGACGGUGAACAGGGGGCUACUUCCAACAAUAUUCCACGACCUUCUCCAUUGCAGGUGUCAUGCUCUGGUGCUGAAAAUAUGGAAAAGACUCCUUGUGAUGGUGUCAUGGAUGAAGAUCAUGGUGGUAUUAAGGAUGAUGAUGUUGAUAGUCCUGGAACUGCUACAUCAAAAUUUGUUGAAUCGCUAACUGUGGCAAAUGCAAUUUCUUCAAUUGACAUUGUGAAAUCAGAUGAAUGUUGUGGUGAUAUGGGUGGCAUUCAAACUAUGGCAUCACAAUCCUUUGUGCCUUGUACUGAAGAAGUAGAUAGUGAUGCACCUGCUUGCAGAGAUGUAAAUUCACUUGUAGAAUUCAAAGAAGGUGCAUCUUUUUCAAGUGAUGCGAGUUAUGCAGAAGAUAAUUUAUGUAGCUCAAUAUUGGCUGCCAAUAAAGAAUCUGCUAGCAGAGCUUCUGAAAUAUUUGAUAACUUAUUGCCUAGGGAUCCAUGUAAGCUUGAUUUUUCAAAAGUAUUCAGUGUUGCUUUAUGGCAGGAUAAUGCAUUAGUUAAGGAAAAAUUUGCUAUGAGGAAACAGUUUUUAAGAUUUAAGGAAAGAGUUGUUACUCUUAAGUUUAAGGCCUUUCAGCACCUCUGGAAAGAAGAUAUGCGCUUGCUUUCAAUGAGGAAAUAUCGUGCAAAGUCUCACAAGAGAUAUGAAUUGAGCUUGCGGGCAGCACAUAGUGGGCAUCAAAAAUAUCGGACUUCUAUUCGCUCCAGAUUCUCUUCUCCUGUUGGAAAUUUGAGUCUGGUACCUACCACUGAGAUGCUUAACUUCACGAGCAAGCUUCUCUCAGUUUCUCAAGUCAAGGCUUACAGGAAUGCUUUGAAAAUGCCAGCCUUAAUUUUGGACAAAAAGGAGAGGAUGAUUUCACGAUUUAUCUCCAGUAAUGGUUUAGUUGAAGAUCCCUGGGCUGUUGAGAAGGAAAGGGCUAUGAUCAAUCCAUGGACGUCAGAAGAGAGAGAAAUUUUCAUUGAUAAGUUGGCCGCUUUCGGGAAAGAUUUCCAGAAAAUUGCUUCUUUUCUUGAUCACAAGAAAACUGCAGACUGUGUGGAAUUCUACUAUAAAAACCACAAAUCUGAUUGUUUUGAGAAAACCAAAAAGAGCAAGCAAGUGAAAUCCUGUACCAACUACUUGAUGGCAUCGGGUAAGAAUUGGAAUCGCGAAAUGAAUGCUGCAUCACUUGACAUUUUGGGUGCAGCUUCAGUGAUAGCAGCUGAUGCUGACAAUGGUAUGGGAAAUCAACAGCUGUGUUCUGAUAGAAUAUAUUUGGCAGGAUAUUGUGAUUCCAAAAAGUUGCAUUGUGAUGAUGAGAAUUUGGAUCGGUCGAGCAAGUUUGAUGUUCUUGAAAAUGAAAGGGAAACUGUUGCUGCUGAUGUUUUAGCUGGUAUUUGUGGUUCGAUGUCUUCUGAGGCAAUGAGUUCUUGCAUCACGACUUCUAUUGAACCCGGAGAGGGCUGCCGGGAGUGGAAGUCCCAAAAGGUGGACUUUGCUAAAAAACGGCCUUCAGCAUCUGAUGUUACACAGAUUGUUGAUGAAGAGACAUGCUCUGAUGAGAGUUGUGGGGAAAUGGAUCCAGCUGAUUGGACAGAUGAGGAGAAGUCUGUUUUUAUUCGGGCCGUCUCAUCCUAUGGUAAAGAUUUUGCUAUGAUCUCACGAUGUGUCAGGACAAGAUCUAGGGACCAGUGUAAGGUGUUCUUUAGCAAGGCUCGGAAGUGCCUAGGACUGGAUUCAAUGCAUCAUACACCUGGAAAUGUAGGUACUCCAGUGAGCGAUGAUGCGAAUGGAGGGGGGAGUGACACUGAAGACGGAUGUGCCUUUCAGACUUGCUCAGUAAUUUGCAGUGACAAGCCAGGCGCGGAGGUGGAUGAGGACUUGCCAUUUCGUGUCAUUGAUACACAGCAGGAGUCUGUUGCUGUUGAGAGGAAAAGCUCGACUAGUGACUUGGUUAGAUAUGAGAAUAGCAAUGUGGCUGGGCUUAUAGAUCAAAAUGACACCAUUGUUGAUAAAGCUUUUAUUUCGGAUGCUUGCCAGAUGGAUUGCAAGUCUGAGGUAGCUUCAGCUAAUGAUGGUAAGGUUGUGCAUGGUUUUGCCUGCCAGUCUGAUUUUUCACAGGCACAGGAAAUUUCAAAUGAAUCAGUCAGCUCUGAAGUUGAAAGAGAGAAACCUGUUGGAGGCAGCAUGCCUGUUGAAAAUGCAGUUAAAUCUGGUCCAUCCAAUCCAGUCGAUGUUGAAGUUAAGGCUAUAGUGGAGGUCUCUAUUCAUGAAAGUAGAAAUCAGUUGCAGGGAAAGGAACUUCUGUUGCAUGAAAAUAGGUUGAACAGUGAGAUGCAACAUUCAAGUGCUUCUAGGACUGUAUCGCACCUUCCUUCUGAUAUGGGCUCAUCCUCAAACUACUGCGUUGGUGUAGAAAAUUUGCAUCAUGUGUCUGUGGAGUUUAGUUCCGUGGAAGAGCCUCAUAUUGUCUCUUUACAGCAGGAAAAUAGGAUGGCCACCGCCACUUCUUUGAUACAGGUCUCUGCUGCCAAUCAGUGUCGGAAAAUGCAUAAAAAGGAUAGUCUUUCAUCACAAUCUGUUGGUAGGGAUGAUCAUUUCCAGCUUCCAGGGCAAGCUUUAGUUAACUGUAUCGAAUCUCAGCAGAUACUUGGGGGUUAUCCAGUUCAAAUUCCUAUGAAGAGAGAGAUGAACGGGGAUAUCUCUUGUAGAUCACAUUCUGAAGUGCAGAGAGGUUUAACUUCAGAAAGCAAUGGCGCCAAUCAGUUUGUGGCUCAAGAUUGCUAUCUUCAAAAGUGUAACAACACAAAGAUUCAGUGCUCGGUACCUGAGCUUCCCCUACUCCCUCAGCAUGCAGAACAAUGCAAAGAUAAUUCGCGGAGUUCAUCAGAUACAGAAAAGCCAUCCAGGAAUGGUGAUGUUAAAUUGUUUGGUAAAAUACUCAGUAAUUCAUCUUCACAGAAAAUGGAGAAUGGAGAUCAUGGGACCCAUUGUCCUAAGCUGGGUAACACGUCGUCAACUUCGAAGUUCAGUGGCCAUCAAACUACAGAUGGAAGUACUUCUGUCUUGAAGUUUGAUCACAAUAAUUAUCUUGGCCUUGAGAAUGUUCCUGUGAAGAGUUAUGGAUAUUGGGAUGGGAACAAGAUACAAACAGGGUUUCCAUCUAUACCUCCUGAGUACUUUCUGGCCAAGUAUCCUGCAGCAUUUAGCAAUUACCAUAUAUCGGCUUCCAAAGUGGAGCAGCAGGCUGCCGGGAAGUGUAAUGACCAUAGUUUGAACAGUGUAUCAGUUUUGCCUCCAAGGGAAAUAAGUGGUAGCAAUGGAGUGGUGGAUUAUCAGAUGUUCAGGAGUAACGGUAGUAGUAAAGUUCAGCCAUUCUCAGUAGAAAUGAAGCAGCGUCAGGAUAUGCUCUCUGAGAUACAAAGGAUUAGUGGGUUUGAAGGAAUAUCGAGUUUACAGCAGCAGGGUAGGGGAAUGGUAGGAGUGAAUGUUGUAGGAAGGGGGGGAAUUAUCGUUGGGGGUUCAUGCACAGGUGUUUCAGAUCCUGUGGCGGCCCUUAAAAUGCACUAUGCUAAAAGUGAGCAAUAUUCUGGGCAAAGUGGGACCAUCGUCAGAGAAGAGGAAUCUUGGAGAAGUAGUAAGGGUGAUAUAGGCAGGUAGUAGGAGUGGUGAGAGGGCCUCUUCGGGAGUGCCCUCAGCGGCAAAUUACUUCUUUGCCGUGCCCUGUAUAUUAGUUUUUGUAUUGUUCAAUGGAAUAUGAUGAUGAUAGGGCAGUGGGCGGUUCACAAAGUCCGUCUUUUUGGUUAAAAAAAAAGAGAAAAAAAGGAAAGAAUGAUAUUGUAGGUGCUUGUAAUAUUGCAGCAGCUUUGUAUUUGUUGUAUUUGAUGGAAAUACAGAAAUAAUCUGUGAAAACUGAGAGGGGUAAUAUGGGUGCCCCUCCCAUCAUUCGAUCACACCUAUCUAAGUCUCUGACAGAUUGACCAUCUAUACAAAUUUUAGAGUUCAGGACU